GCUGCUUUUUUUUUUUUUUUUUUUCCGGGUUCCGAGCCAUUCCGGAUGCUUUAGGCUGCCGGAUGUCUGAUCUCCGGAUAACUGAGGCGUUUCUGUACAUGGAUUAUCUGGUUUCACAGGAAGUUUUGUGGCUUUGGAAAACAGGGAGGUAGGGAGGCCCAUUCAUGAGCGAGCUUCUUAGACAGCCGCCCUCGGGUUCAGUCCAUGAUCACCAUUUGUCUUUCUGUGACUUAAGUUUCUUACCUGCUCUCUGUUACAUUUUUUUAAUUGGGGUGGAAUUAGAGCUUUUUCAUUUUGGUGGCUGGAAAGUACACCCAGCUGAAACCCAUCAGCCACUUAGACUCCAUGCUUCAUUUGAAUUGUGCUUCUGGACACAAGUCAAGGAUGACAACUUGUUUUCGAGCACUUUGCUGCAAGGGACCACCGCCUGCGCGCCCUGAAUAUGAUUUGGUUUGCAUAGGUCUCACAGGCUCUGGGAAGAGCAGCCUGUUGUCCAAGCUCUGCAGCGAAAGCCCGGACAACGUUGUGUCAACCACAGGUUUUAGUAUAAAGGCAGUGCCAUUCCAGAAUGCCAUCUUGAAUGUAAAAGAACUUGGAGGAGCUGAUAAUAUCAGGAAAUACUGGAGCCGAUACUACCAAGGAUCUCAAGGAGUAAUAUUCGUCUUAGACAGUGCCUCUUCAGAGGAUGAUUUAGAAACGGCUAGAAAUGAACUUCACUCAGCUCUUCAGCACCCACAGUUAUGCACUUUACCCUUUUUAAUAUUGGCCAAUCAUCAAGACAAGCCAGCAGCUCGCUCAGUACAAGAGAUCAAAAAAUAUUUUGAACUUGAACCACUUGCACGUGGAAAACGCUGGAUUCUGCAGCCCUGUUCGCUAGAUGACAUGAACGCACUGAAAGACAGCUUCUCCCAGCUCAUAAACUUGUUAGAAGAAAAAGACCUGGAGGCAGUGAGAAUGUGAAAUUUGACACAAAAGUUCCCCCAAAGCCUUGAACCCAUCAUGUUAGUUUCCCAUUCUAAUUUCAUGUUGGUGUCAAGGUUGUCAUGGCUUCAGUAUGUUUUCCUCUCGCUGUUUCAGACUUUCAUCUCUCUGUUAAAAUGACUGUUCUGUAAGUCAGGUGAAUUAUCAUCGGCAUUAAUGUCAAGUACACACUACUGAGGGAGAAUUCAUUCUCUGUUUACCACUAAUUAUGUUCACCGCAUGUUUCUUCCUUUGUGGGUCUAAGACUCUUCCAUACUUUGUGCUAAAAUGGAUGGAACUCACAGCUCAUGGAAAUGAAGCCCCUUCUGAAGAGCUCAGAGAGACUCACGGGCAUCUUCACUAACUGUCCCCGGGCUUGAGCUUAGAGGAUUGUAACUGAGACUCCACAUGGUGUGUGUGCUAUUUCCAUUUCCAUGAUCUCCUAGGGGGUUGAGUUUUUUACAUUUUAUUUUAUCUUGUCUGUUUUUCAUAUUUGUGUGUGUGUGUGUGUGUGUGUGUGUGUGUGUGUGUGUAAUUGACCAUCCAAAACUUCACCUGAUCAUCUUUUCAUAAAACUGGCUGGGAAGAGCCUUGAAAGCAGCUGUGUAAUGCUGGCUGGAUUCUGCCUGCAGCCCUAGGAGGAAGGCAUCCUAGCUGAGAGAGUUGGAGCACAUUUAGGCAAGUAUAGGCACCGCUGAGUCCCAUUUGAUCAAGUCCUCAAAUAUUUCUCAAUGGAGUCAUUAGUCUGCAAAAAGCCAACCUGCAACAUAAGCAUUUUUCUAAAAAAAAAAAAAAAAAAAAAUCAGAAAUGU